AGACAACGGAGGCAGCGGCGGCGGCGACACCAUGUCAUCUCCCAGUCCGGGCAAGAGGCGGAUGGACACGGACGUGGUCAAGCUCAUUGAGAGUAAGCAUGAGGUUACAAUCCUGGGAGGACUCAAUGAAUUUGUAGUGAAGUUUUAUGGACCACAAGGAACACCAUAUGAAGGCGGAGUAUGGAAAGUUAGAGUGGAUCUUCCUGAUAAAUACCCUUUCAAAUCUCCAUCUAUAGGAUUCAUGAAUAAAAUUUUCCAUCCCAACAUUGAUGAAGCGUCAGGAACUGUGUGUCUAGAUGUAAUUAAUCAAACUUGGACAGCUCUCUAUGAUCUUACCAAUAUAUUUGAGUCCUUCUUGCCCCAGUUAUUGGCCUAUCCUAACCCCAUAGAUCCUCUCAAUGGCGAUGCUGCAGCCAUGUACCUCCACCGACCAGAAGAAUACAAGCAGAAAAUUAAAGAGUACAUCCAGAAAUACGCCACGGAGGAGGCGCUGAAGGAGCAGGAAGAGGGCACCGGCGACAGCUCGUCGGAGAGUUCCAUGUCUGACUUUUCGGAAGAUGAGGCCCAGGAUAUGGAGUUGUAGUAGAAAAAGCACCUGCUUUUCAGAAAGACUAUUAUUUCCUAACCAUGAGAAGCAGACUAUAAUAUUCAUAUUUAAACAAAGCAAUUUUUUUUAUUACUAAACAAGGUUUUUAUGAAUAAUAGCAUUGAUAUAUAUAUUAUAUAUCACCCUUUAGAUCUUGAUUUCUUGGUCAUUUCUCAACCUGAGGUGCAUAGCAUAUUCCCACAUUCCAUUUUGGUAGCAAUAUGCGGUCCGAAUGCAUGCAUUCAUAAGUCCAUUUGGCCAAGUCAGCCUGUGUGCUACUGAACUGUCAAAAGAAAUAGCCGCUCUGAUAGGUAGACAUGAGUAAAAAAAAAAAAAAACAAAAACAAACAAAAAAAACAAAAACAAACAAAAAAAACAAAAACAAACAAAAAAAACAAAAACAAACAAAAAAAACACAAACAGGAAAAAGUUGCUUCUUUUAUUGAUUGUUCCAAAGAAACAAACCAAACCAACCAGCUGUUGGAUGUGAAGAUAGAAUAGUGCUUUUUCAAAAUGGAAAGACGACAACUGGGGAGGAAGAGGCCUGCUGGGGGAGCGUGGAGUCAGCCAGGUAGGAAUCGGAGCUGCCCCUCCCUGAGCACCCUGGGUGUCCCCAUUUCUGAGGAGUAACAGUAUCAAACAGGGAGCUAAUUGGAGUACUGAAAAUAAUUUUUUGACUGGGAUUUUAAGUACAUUUUUAUAUGUAGAUUCUUGCCCUUCACGCUACCAGGCCCUGAAGCCACAAGUGUUUUGCUUUGGAGAACUUUUUGGAAGUGUUUCUGAAUCCCAUUCUUUCUUGUGAGAGGUAGAGCUUAGUAAGCCAGACCUUUUUGGAAAGGACAGGGCAGGAGGAGCAGAGCGGCUGGGAAGAUGCUCCCUCCCACCGGGACGCGCGCACUCAUACCUCCGUCCUGGCGUUGGGCCGAUGUGAGCUGCUACCUUGGACUGCGAGCUUUACAUUUGAGGGUGGUUUUUGUUUGAUUGGUUUUGGGUUUUUUGGGGGUGGGGGGGGUGUGUGAAUUGUGCUUAGACAGGUUGCAGGUUUAAUCCUCACCUAGAAAGAGAUAGUCUCCUCCCUGGAUGAGCUGCCCGGUGGGCGGUUAGACUCCGGAAGAAGACCGGCCAGUGGCCGCGAAGCCCUGGGUGCUCUCGUUCAUGUUUUGGGUUUGUUGUCCCUUCCGCUGCUGCUCCUGACAGCAGCCUGGUCAUCAUCUUACGGUGGGAGUGGGAAGUGAGUAUUGAGACCCAACAUACAUUCUAAACUGAAAAUGCAUAGUAACUGGAACAAAUAAAGGUUCUUAUACCCAAAUGACUCUAUAUGGGAAAAACAGUUUUUUUCAGAGUGCGACUGAAUAGGAGGAAGGGAUUCAGAAAUACGAUGUAGUAGAAUGGGUUUUGAAGGAAGAAAAUUCUCUCUCCUGUGUACGUAAGAGGAAAUGAGACAGUUUCAAAUGCCUGCUAAUCACAUGUUUGCUCAGCUAACCGUAUGUCCAGGUUGCCGCAUUUUCAAACCCGAGUGCUGCCUGAUGGGGAGAGGGGAGUUUGGAGGAGUUUCGGACAGCAGCUCGAUAUGCUUUUAUUUGCUGCAACCAACAGGA